AUUAAAUCACAGACAUGUCUGUGUUCUAAAUUUUAGUCUUUAUUUCUUGUAAAAUGCGUUAAAUUCAACCCCGCCUAAUUUGGAGAGUUCAAAAUUUUUAGUAAAUGUCCGGCAGCGGAUUUGAGAACGACGGUGAAGAUUUAGAUUUGAUAUAUGAUCAAAUUCACGUUGUCCAAACUGCGACAUCGGACGAUUCGAUCUUAGAACAUGAUGUUCGUAUACAGGCAAAAAUUACUGCCCAAAUUUUAAUAAACUUUCCCCAAGUCACAAGAAAUAAAUCGAAAUUACAUUGGAAAACUGACAUGGAAAAUUCCACAGAGGAUGAGAGCAAAAAAAACAGAAAGAAAAAAAAGAUCACUGUUAGAGUUCCGGCUAAUAAAUUCCAGAGAACCCCGUUAGACACUAAAUAUGGCGUCAUUCAUCCUCCUGCAAAGCAACCAAUAAAAGUUCUCUUGGUGUUUGGUUUCGCAGAUCCAGUGGGUGAGACGUUCGCGAAGGCCAGUGAGAAUCUAUGUUUCGAUUCAACACUGACCGCCGCAGACACCGAAGCCCUAGAACAGUUCCAAGCCAAGUCCCAUGAUCUCGUCGUUAUAGACACGAAGCAGGUGAAGGGCAUUGAUCCAGGGACAUUAUGUCGGUCUAUCAGAAACACGAAAGGAAGCCAACACACAGUAAUUGUAGCGAUUGUGAAGAAAUCGUGCUUCGAAAAAGAUGAUAAGAUUAUUUCUCAACUUCUUGACGCUGGAUUCAAUAGGUGUAUUACAGAAUCCACCAACUUGGUAAACUGCAUCAAUGAGUUGCUAAUGCUGAAAAAUGCAGAUAUACGUGCAAAUAGCCAACAUGCCACAUGUCAGGCUUUAUACACCGCUCUGGACAAAUGCAAGGACCUUGUGGUUGUUACAGAUGAAAGCUACAGAUUUCAGUACAUGAACAGAGCAUGUGAAAAAUUGCUAGGGUAUCGUCAGGAAGAAGCGUUGGGCAAAUCUAUGCAGGAUCAGAUAGCACCUGAUACCAUGCAAGUGACCACAAUGGGUUCAUCUCUUUUACGCGCCAGAGAAUGGAGUGGCUCUUUGGUUUUGAAAAAGAAAAGUCAAGAAACAGUUACCACUUCCUGCAAAGCUGUUCCAUUCGCUAGUACGGGAAGAAUUCCCACCCACUUCGUGAUGGUGUUCGACACGAACUUUGCGGACACUGCAGGUCACAGGGAGUCAAGGGGAAGCGUACAUUCCAUACGACGGGGUUCGAAUGAGGUCAGGAGCGUGGCCAGCGAUUUUCUGAGGAGAAGUUCGUUGGCCAAGCUAAACGCGCUACCGUUGGAAGCGCCCAUUACGAAGAUUUUGACCUUUUUGGAACAAGCAAAGGACUACUCCCCUGGUAAUGCUCAAGUAAUCCAAAUUUUGGAGAAAAUCGAGGACACUCUUCGAACAUCGGAAUUGUACACAUCGCAAGUGAAGGAAGACCUGAAAAUGAAAGUGGAGGAACCCGUCGUAUCUGAUCUCAUAAGCGCUCUUCUUUCGAAUGCACACCCCUCUAUUAUUUCAUCAUCGAGAAGGAGCAGUAACGAUUCAGCAGUCUACAGACCGUCAAAAUCUGGAUUCAUAAGAGUACCAUCUCUCGUAAAAGAACUACUAGAGACAUCGCUAGCAUGGGACUUUGAUAUCUUUAAAUUGGAGGAACUUACAAAAAAACGACCAUUGCAACAUUUGGGCAUGAAUCUCUUCACACAUUUCGACGUAGCAUCAGCUCUUCAGUGUGAUGAAAAAACCCUCUUUAAUUGGUUAACUGUAAUGGAGGCUAAUUAUCAUUCAGAUAAUUCAUACCAUAAUUCUACGCACGCUGCUGACGUUAUGCAAGCUACUGCUGGAUUCUUGGAAAAGGAACGGAUGAAAAAUAUUUUGGAUCCUAUAGAUGAAGCUACAAGUCUUAUUGCUGCUGCUACUCACGAUGUGGACCAUCCUGGCAAAAGCAGUGCAUUCCUGUCUAACUCUGAUAAUAUCCUGGCGAUUUUGUAUAACGAUGUGACCGUCUUGGAGUCGCAUCACGCCGCCCUCACGUUUAAAUUAACAUUAGGUGACGAUAGGAUAAACAUAUUUAAAAAUUUAGAUAGGGAAGUAUAUAAAAUUGCGAGACACAAUGUUAUAGACAUGAUUUUGGCAACGGAAAUGACAAAACAUUUUGAACAUCUUGCCAAGUUCGUCAAUGUAUUCUGCGCCAGAGGAACUGAUCAGAAUGAAGGAGAAGACUUCUUCCCCCUUUCACUCCAAGAAAACAUGACGUUAGUUAAAAGAAUGAUGAUCAAGUGUUCGGAUGUAUCGAACCCCACAAGACCUCUGAGAUUAUGCGUCGAGUGGGCCCGAAGAAUAGCCGAGGAGUAUUUCCAACAGACUGAUGAAGAAAAAGCCAGAGGUUUACCCGUUGUAAUGCCGAUGUUCGACAGAAAUACUUGUUCCAUUCCUAAAUCUCAAAUUGGUUUCGUGGAUUAUAUUAUAAAUGACAUGUUUGAGGCUUGGAAUGCAUUCAUUGAUAUGCCGGAAUUGUUGACCCACAUGAGGCAAAACUACAUUCGAUGGAAGGAGUUUGACGAGCAGGGUCAUACAACACUUGCAGACAUUAGGAAACUGCAAAACACAGUACUUAUAACUAGAACUGCAAAAAGUGAUUGAUCCAAGUUAACACGUCAUAGUGUUGACGUUGGCGACUUAAAAUAUUAUCUACUCAGAAAACUGUGAAUGUGACUAACUGACUUGUGCAUAUCUUUCAUAUUUAUGGUACCUCAUCCACCCACCCACAUCUUUGUAUCUUUAAAUGUAUAUUUUAUGACGCAUGCUGGACGUGCCGUUUGAUUUUAAAUUAUUGUUUUAUUAUAUAUUUUUAAAAAUACGUGUUAUCACUGUUUUCUAUUUAUGAAAUACAUAUAUAAAUGUGCAACAUAAUAUUGUUCAUGUAUAUAAUAAAAAAUGUUUUUUAAAUGUAA